AUGUUCGCGCUAGUUCGUUUUUUAAAAGAAUUUGAUCAGAAGAGGUACGUGGUUCCGGUGCGGUGCAUUAAAGACUUUCAUCCGGUGAACGAAAAUGACUUGGAUAAGAACGGAGUAUACACGGCGUUCUGGGAGGACAAUGAAAACUCCGAGAACAUUGGAUCGUAUCCUUCGCAAGUGCUGCUUCUGGCAAAUUCCGAAGAAGAACUGCAAGCGAAGAGGGCAUCCAGAAGGGUGCGCAAGGCCGUAAUCCACCCUUCAGAUCUUGAAACUGGAGAAGGAAGUGAGCAUGAGGCACCUGCUUCUCAGAAGCAAACAUCCAAACAGGUAUCUGCAUUGGCAUCUAAGAGCUCUGCCUAUGAGAGCAUCCUUCAAGAGCAUCUGGAAAACUCUAGGAAAAAAAAUGAAGCCGCCUGUGCCGUCCAGGUCUCUACAAAACGACGUCGUCCUGCAACUGAAUCGGACAGCGACAGUGAUGACUAUGUCGUUUCUGCGUCAGAGCUGAAGCGUGCCAGGAGCGAGGCGAGGUACUGGCGCCACCGCUGUGAGGAAGCCAUCAAAGAGAAGGCCCAACUCACCAACAUCAUAGAAUCUAUGAAUGGGACUAUCGCUAGCAAGCUGACAGCCAUUAAGAAACACGCGCUAUGUUAG